AUGGCGAAAGUCGAGAUGCUGUCGAACGAUGAGCUAGUACUAAAUGUGAAAGAGGGUGACAAGACUAAAAAUUAUUAUGUAGAGCUAGAGAAAGCCGAAGAAGGUUAUAUUGAAGCCCGUGCUGCGCUGCAGGGUAAAAUAAAUGAGCUUUGUCCAACACCAGUGCCUGUCAAUGCGCCAGCAAAUAUUCAAGUGGAGCUGCAAUAUCCACAACGGCAGAUAGAUUUGAAAAACAAUUGGGGUGAGUUUGAUGGCGCUUUGACAAAAUGGAAGGGGUUUCAUGACCGAUUUAAGGCUGUUGUGCACGAUAAUGAGCAAGUUGCGCCAGCAUUUAAGUUUAUUUAUUUGCAAAAGUCGCUAGUGGGCAAGGCCGCACGUACCUUGGGCGAGUGGCAGUUGACCGAUGAGAAUUAUCAUGAAGCUUGGGAGCGAUUAAAACAGCUGUAUGAUAAGAAAUACCACACGUACCGUGAGUAUUUUCGUCAAUUGUAUAGAUUACCUUUUUUGGAGCGUGCAUCAUCGGAUGCACUUCAGCGUAUGGCGAAUGUCACCCAUGAGACAUUACGCCAGUUCCGGGCACAGGGGUUGCCUGUUGAGCAAUGGGAUAUGAUUGUUGUGCAUAAUUUACAUGAGCGCCUAGAUGAAGAAACUGGCAAGGCAUGGGGACUUCAGCGGCAAUCCGAAACGCCAACAGCAGCUGAAAUACGUUCCUAGAUAAGCAGGUUGCCGCUUCCUCACAUCAAGCGGAUAAUCGUCGUGCACGAGAGGCUAGUGCAGCUUCGACGACAACACGUGCUAGCGAAUCUAAGAGGGCUCACCAAGGGGCUAGCCAUGGAGUGAGUACGACCAGAGCUAGCAUUGGGCAGAAGAGCAACGAGCGAGAGAAGAAAACAUAUCCGUGCUAUCUAUGUAAAGGAGAUCAUGGGCUCUACAAAUGCCCAGAUUUCUUAAACUUGAAUUUGCGGGCACGCAAGGCAUAUGUAGAGCAGCAUAAGUUAUGUCCAAAUUGUUUUAAGCAGGGGCAUGCUGCAAAGGAUUGUUACUCAGGACCUUGCAGUCGCUGUCCGGGUAAAAUGCUUCAUAAUAGCGUUUUGUGCCCAACCAGGGAAGUCAACAAACAUUUGAUGCUGGUGCAGGAGAAAGGCAAUCCUAACAGAGCUAGUAGCCCAUCAAAGUCGGUACGGAGAACGGUAACAUGACGUUCUGACAAGCAAGCAAGCGAAGCAGGACGGAGCUAGGAGCAGAUAAGAGUCAAUGCGACGAUAAUCCAGAUUUUGCUGUGCUACGGUUUCAUGCAGGGCCACCAUAUGAGGAUAUUGCCUUUAAAAUAGUACAUCGAGAAUGGGAAUUCAGCUAUAAACGGGGCUUUCGUUGCCAGUUUCACAAUAACAUUUUCCAACUUUGGUUUCAUUUCAAAAGAUAUAGAUAUCGCCGAUAAAAAGACAUUUCACAUAAAGUUUAGCUUCUUUAUCAAAUGAUACACAUUUUCAGCAAUAAACGUACAGACUUAUCUUAUUACAUUAA